AACGAAAACCCUACUAACCGAGUUUUAUUAAAAGUCAUUCACAAUACUCAUGCCAAUUGCAAGCAUUCGAUCUGAUUGAUUCACAACUACAAGAAAUAAUGGGACCACAAUUAGAAGGUUUGACAAACAAUUAUGAUGAUGAGUGUAGUGACCAAGAUGAGGUGGUUACUGAACAUGUUCCUUAUCCAAAUAACUGUGAUGACAGUGAAGUGGUCUUCAAUAAUGGGAAAUGGAGCUCCUAUACUCCCCAACAACUGAAGAGGCCCAAAACUACAAAGCUAUCAUGUACGAAAACGGUACAAAAUAAAAAAUAUAUUUCUGUUAACUAUCUACUAACGGAAGAAAAGCUGAAUUUUUUGAAACUACAAAAAGAAAAAUUCAUCGAAGAACACAAUAAAAAAUGUAAAUAUAUAUAAAAAAAGGUUCAGCUGUUGGAUUUACAGAUCAAUG